AUGCCAAUAGAAGAGAGUGUUUCGCUGACAAAUGAAGGGAAUUUUAGAGCUCUCCUUCAAUAUCGUAUCAGUGGAGGAGAUUCAGUUUUACAAAAACAUCUGGAAACAGCGGCGAAAAAUGCAACGUAUAUUAGUAAAACGACACAAAAUAUCAUUAUUUCGUGUAUUAAUGAUUUAAUUUCUCAACAGAUUAUUGCUCAAGUGAAAGAAGCGCGAUUUUUUACAGUAAUGUUAGAUGAGACUGCUGACAUCGCAAACGUUGAACGAGCAAGCAUAUGUGUUCGAUAUGUCUACAACAAUAUGAUUAAUGAACGUUUUUUAAAAUUUGCUGCGGUUAUCGAUCCAACGGGAUUAGGUUUAGCGACAUUAUUAUUACAAGAAAUUAGUUCAUUAGGUCUCGAUAUGAAUAAUUGUGUGGGUCAAGGUUAUGAUGGUGGUAGUGCAAUGAGUGGAUUACAUAAAGGUGUUCAAGCCAUUAUCGCACAAAAAUAUCCUCGGGUCCUUUACGUUCAUUGCGCGUCACAUAGUUUCAAUUUUGCCAUUUCUGACGGUUGUGAUUUGAUAGCUGUACAAAAUGUACUUGGAAACAUUAAAAAAAUUUAUAAUUUUUUUCGCUUGUCAAGCGUUCGUACUCAAAUAUUAAAUAAUAACACAACGAAAAGCAAAUCGACUAAAAAGAAACUGAUUAAUAUGUGUCCUACUCGCUGGAAUGAACGACAUGAAUCUGUUCAAACAUUUUAUUCACUAUACGAAUCAAUAGUUGAUUCACUCGAUGAAGUAACUGCUAUUAAACCUUCUGAUUCGUUGUCAUUAGCUAUCAAUUAUCACUCAGCAUUAAUUGGAUCUGGUUUUAUCAUCACGUUGCUCACAUUAAAUAAAUUAUUAUUAUUUACCCUUAUCAUUUCGAAAAAUUUGCAAGAUAAGUCAAUCGAUUUAAUGCAUUGUAAAGAUGCGAUUGAAGAUAUACUAUUUAUAUUGAACAAAAUACGAAAAGAUCCGGAUGUUGAAUACGAUGACAUUUUCGAAGGAGCAAUAGAACUAGCUAAAUAUACUGAUUCAACAAUUGAUAUACCUCGCAUAACCAAACGACAAGUAGGCGAAGAAACCGCUUCUGUAAAUAAUGUGCCAGCUAAAGAUGCAAAAGAACACUUCAAAUUGAAUUAUUUUAUUCCAAUUCUCGAUUAUUUAAUUACAUCAAUAACAGAUCGUUUCUCAGAUCAUGUCAAACAAGCAUUAACAAUAUCUUCACCAGCGUAUUUAAAAACACUCAAUGAAUUAAUACCAGCACUUCAGUUAUAUCAUGAUCUAUUACCCGACGGUGGUAAUAUGGUUAUUCAUCAAGCAGAAUUUUCACGAUGGAAAUUAAAAUGCGAUAAUAUGACCGAACGACCACAAACAGCUGUUGACGCGUACAAUGCAUGUGACGAAAAAUUCUUUCCCAACGUCAAAACGUUACUUCAAAUCUUCUCCACGUUACCGGUCACAACAGCGUCCGUAGAAAGGACAUUCUCUGUUUUACGUCUUAUUAAAACGUACCUUAGAUCAACUAUGAGUGAACAACGUUUAACAGGGCUGGCAAAUAUGUACAUCAAUAAUAAUAUCAAUAUUACGGCUGAUUCGGUAAUUGACGAAUUUUCAAAAUCUCGUCGUAAAAUUAAUUUCAUAAUUUAA